AUGGUGGAUGUUGGUGUUAAUGAGUGCGAUACCACCGUAAAUGGAAGGAACCAAUUUGUGUUUCUUGUAUUUGUGCAUUUACUUCUCAUUGGACUGAAUGGAACCAAUGCACAGAACAGAGCACCGCGUAUCAAGGAGCACCCAUCAAACACAGUGUCAGGUCGCAGUGAGCCUGCCACCCUGAGAUGCGUUGUCGAAGGCCGACCCAAGCCAUUUGUGCAAUGGUACAAAGAUGGAUCUCUACUGCCACCCGCUGAUGAUGGACACAGAGUGUUGUUGGAGGACGGACUUUUAUUCUUAAGAGUCAACCGUGGCAAAAAGGAGAGCGAUGAAGGCAUAUACUGGUGCGUGGCACGCAACAUAGCUGGCGAGGCCAUCAGUCACAACGCUUCACUGAAUGUAGCCGUUCUUCGUGAUGAGUUCAGGAUAGAACCUCGAGAUGUUCAUGUGGCAGCUGGAGAGCCAGCUCUAAUGGAAUGCUCACCACCUCGAGGUGUCCCUGAACCUUCUAUCCAUUGGCUCAAAGAUGGUCAUGUAUAUGAUGUUGAAGUCAAUGGCAGGGUAACAGUAACAGAUAUAGGCAACUUAAAGAUCUUAGAAACGUUACCAACAGACAGCGGUCUGUUUAGAUGUGUAGCGUCGAAUAUUGCCGGAGAGAGACAGUCGCGUGCUGCUGCGCUUAUUGUACAGAGGCGCCCGCACUUUGUUGUAAAGCCCAGCAACAUCACCGCACUAGUUGGACAAACUGUUGAAUUUAAUUGUCAGAGUUAUGAAGCGAGCGUUAAAAUAACAUGGGUCAAAGAAGACGGCACUUUACCAUCACAUGCCAGUAUAAUCCGCGGGCUAUUACGGUUAGAACAUGUGUCUGCAACUGACGCAGGCGUCUAUUCCUGCAGAGCGGACAGCCACGCCGGCACCAGUAUCACAAGCGCUACACUCACAGUUUACUCCUUACCGCACUUCACGCAGAUACCGUCCAAUCUGACCGCAUGGGAGGGCGAUGUGGUUUCUAUUCCAUGUGAAGCUAAAGGGUUGCCCACACCGACGACAUUUUGGAUUCUUGAAGGAACCCGAGAUUCUUUACUUUUCCCAGAAUGUACGAAAAGUAAUUCCAGCCUAUUAUAUUUGGAUGGGGCCAGGGCGGAACACAGCGGGAGAGUGAUUUGCACAGCUGUCAACGCAGCUGGCAGUAUUAUGCAAGAGGCUUAUCUCAAAGUGCUAAAAAAAGGAAACAAUGAACUAAAAGAGCCUUCUUUGGAUCAUGAAUAUAAUGUAGAGUAUGAACGCGACGCGCACAUGACGCAAUACGAAUUAGUUCAAGCGAGAAAAUAUUUGCAACAAAAUGUGUUAGUUUUGAGAAGGGUAGAAGCUUUGUCUUCUACCUCUUUGAAAGUUGUUUGGGAUGUGUUAACCGACUACAAUGAAUACUUAGAAGGUGUCAAAAUUUGGUACAAUGGCACUACACUGAAUUGGCGCAACGUGACUGAUGAGGAAAUUACGAUAUUAAAGCCUCAUUCUGAUGCUGUUUUGUGCUCAAACGGGUCACUAAUGAAUGUCGACAACAGUGGUUCAUCGAGUUAUAUUCUUACGGGCUUGAUGGCUUUCACACAAUAUGAUAUAUUUUUAAUGCCGUUUUAUAAGAUGCUGUUAGGGAAACCUUCCAAUUUAAUGUCAGGAUACACAGAUGAAGAUGUACCCUCAGCGCCGCCCCAGAGCGUGACGGCUGGUGUGAUAAAUGCAACGUCGGCAUGGAUACGUUGGGAACCACCACCUGUAAGCACGUGGAAUGGAGAACUCACUGGAUAUUUGAUUGAAAUACGCGUGGGUGGAAGUACUGGAGGUCGAGUAGUGGGUCAGAUGUCUCUUGGCGCUCGUACGCGAGCAGCAGCGGCGAGCUCUUUGCGCGCGGGAGGACGGUACAGCGCUCGGGCCGCUGCUGUCACGCGCCGUGGUCACGGACCCUUUAGCGCACCUGCCCAUAUACACAUGCUACCAACACAUUCUCAAAGACAUUACGUACAGACAGAACCGCCAAAAGACACAAACAUACCGCACAUAUUUCAAGAAACUUGGUUGCUAGCUCUUGGUCUAACGCUAUUCUCAGUGAUCGCAAUCGGCGUGUUCAGCAUAUACUAUAUAAAGCGACGAAACAACAUUCAGAGAAAGAAAUCCAGUGGUCAAGCAAUUGUCACGGCGCAACAAUGUUUAUUGAAUAAAGACACUAUUUGGUUAAGGGAUCGGCCAGUAUUCGCUGCUCCAAAUGAUCCCACUUUAGAUAUGAGCAGCUGUCACCAAAGUCUUCUACAUGGUGGGCAAUCAACGAGCAUCCUAAGUGUUGAACCGGAAUACAGUCUACCUCAGAAUUCCAUUCAAGGAUUAGACAUGUCGAGCGUCGACAGAAUUCGACGUGGCCCACCGGAACCGUAUGCCUCCAGCGCCAUUUACACAGAACUCAAUUUCAAGGACAAUAACGAAAUAGGAGACCCGAGGAACUGUUCGGAAAGACGAUCCCAUAACAACAGCAUUGUUAGAUCGUGUAAUGGAAGUAUUCAAUACUCGAAUGGUGAAUGUUCGACGUGUUGUCAUAGUACGUCUAGUAGAUCAACUAAAGACUACAGAGAGCCGAGACACGAGAACGCACAUAAUGAGAUUAAUGUUUUGGAGGACGACUGUGCCUCUUGUCAUACAAAUAGGUCCGGAUCAAGGAGUAGACAGGACAAAAGCAAAGUUUGCCCUGCGACUGAUUUAGAAUACGACUAUCCACAGUGGCACUGGUUAGGGAGAGAGAACAGUUUCAAAAUUCCCAUUCAGACGAGCAGACAUUCGAAUGUAGCGAGGUCGGAACAGGGCUGUCAAAUAAAUCUGUGUGAUAUAUUACCGCCACCGCCGUAUGAGAGUCCAGAAAAUAAAAACAUGUAUGGGACACCGAAUACUUAA